GGAGGAGGCGGCGGCGGCGGCGGCGCCCGCCCGGGACGCGCGUGUGCGCGGAGCUCCCGGCCCCGCUGCAGCCAGGCGGCGGCUGGAGGCAGGGGGCGGCCGGAGGGACUGUGCCGUGCCGCGCCGCGCCGGGGGCAGGGGGCCAGGCGGCCGCAGCGAUCUCGUGCCGCCUGCAUUGAAGCUGUGGCCAAGCCCAAGGGAGGGGGCUGGGGGGCUCUGAAACAACAGCAACAAAAGGUUUCUCUCAAGCAUCUCCAGGCAAACUUCCCGGCCGGGCCGCCAGCCCCGGGAGCCCCGCAUGUGCGAGCACCGGCGGUGCCCGGGCGGGGCCGGGCCGGGCACCUGCCCCCUCCCCUAGGACCCGGCUGUGGCGGGGGCCGCGCCCCCGGGUGUGCGAGACGCGGGCUGUGCGAGGGGGACUCCCCCCUCCUCCAUCUGCUGGGAUAUUUUUUUUUAAGUCCACAAAUGACAAUGGCAAUAAGGGCAAGGGAAAUCCAGGGAGACUGAAUGGGACUGAAAGGCUGCCCCCAUCCCCCCAGCCAUGUGCACUGGAGGUGUCGGGCUUAGAAAAUAACAGGUAAGAACUUUUUUUUUUUUUGCUUGCUUUCCAGGAGCUCUUAAUGCCCGAAGCGAUCCCGGAAUAAAAGGGGGGAGCAAGCAGAGAGAGCCCGAUGUGCCCUUCAGUGCCUCCUCCAUCCUGCACUGGGAGGCGGCCGGAGCAGAGGCGCUCCCCCGGCUUGGGGGCGCUUCCCACCUGGCCCGGCGGGGCCGCGGGGAGGGGGACAGCAGCCGAGCCCAUAUUGGAUGCGCUCUCUCCCCCCCGCCCCCAGCCACGGGCUCGGAUUGUAAUGAUUUAUCCCUCCAACCCCUCUGGGCAGGCGCUGCCGGAGACGCUGGGAUGUCCUGCCUCGUGCAAUACUAGACACUGAUCGCCGGCCUCCACCAGACCCGUCCGCCUCCCGGAUCCGGCACUGCCUUUUUUUUUUUUUUUUUUUUUUUUUUUUUUUUUUUUGGGGUGGGGGGAGAGGAGAGAGAGAAAAAAUGAAGGAGGACGCGGUUGCAGGGUUGCAUUGAUCGCUGCCCCCCUCGCCCAUCCCCCCAGCACAAAACCCAGCCGGGCUCCGCUUGCACCGGGACCUCCUCUCCUCGCCUCGCCUCGCCUGGCAGCGCCGCGGCGGAUGCAUUUUUCAUGAGCCCGAGGUGAACAGGUGCAGGCGGCGGGGCCGGGAGCGGCAGGAUGGAGAGCGGCGAGCGGGACAUGUACCGCCACUUCCAAGACUGGUGCUUGCGGACCUACGGGGACUCGGGCAAGACCAAAACGGUGACCCGCAAGAAAUACGAGCGCAUCGUGCAGCUCCUCAAUGGCUCCGAGUCCAGCUCCACGGAUAACGCCAAAUUCAAGUUCUGGGUCAAAUCGAAAGGCUUCCAGCUCGGCGGCCCGGACGACGGCGGCGCCAAGCAAGUGCUGUACGUGCCGGUCAAGACCACGGAUGGUGUAGGUGUAGAUGAGAAGCUGUCUUUACGGCGGGUAGCCGUGGUUGAAGAUUUCUUUGACAUUAUCUAUUCCAUGCAUGUGGAAACAGGGCCCAAUGGAGAACAAAUCAGAAAGCAUGCUGGACAAAAGCGAACUUAUAAAGCAAUUUCAGAGACCUAUGCCUUCCUACCGAGAGAAGCGGUGACACGAUUUCUAAUGAGCUGCUCAGAGUGCCAGAAAAGAAUGCAUUUAAACCCAGAUGGAGUGGAUCAUAAAGAUAAUGGAAAACCUCCGACUUUGGUGACUAGUAUGAUUGAUUACAACAUGCCAAUUACUAUGGCCUACAUGAAGCACAUGAAAUUGCAGCUACUGAACUCACAACAAGAUGAGGAUGAAAGUUCCAUAGAAAGUGAUGAAUUUGAUAUGAGUGACUCAACCAGGAUGUCAGCUGUGAACUCAGACCUUAGUUCUAAUCUUGAAGAGAGAAUGCAAAGUCCUCAGAAUCUUCAGGGCCAGCAGGAUGAUGAUUCAGCUGCAGAGAGUUUUAAUGGCAAUGAGACCGUGGGACACAGUUCCAAUGCUUCAGAAGGAACACACUGCAGGGAGAUGGCAGAAACCAACAGUAAUGGCAAAACAAAUCUGGAGCAGGAUGAGCAGCCUCUGAACCUGAGUGAUAGUCCCCUCUCUGCUCAGCUGACUUCAGAAUACAGACUAGAUGAUCACAACAGUAAUGGAAAGAACAAAUACAAGAACCUCCUAAUUCCUGACCUCAAGAUGGAACAAGAGGCAAGAGAAAAUGGAAGCAAGUCCCCAGCACAUAGUUACUCCAGUUAUGACUCUGGCAAGAAUGAAAGUGUAGACAGAGGUGCUGAAGAUCUGUCUCUGAACCGAGGAGAUGAGGAUGAGGAUGACCAUGAUGAACAGGAAGAUGCUGAGAAGGUUAAUGAAUCUGAUGGGGUAGAAGCUGAGCGACUGAAAGCUUUUAAUAUGUUUGUCAGGCUGUUUGUAGAUGAAAACUUGGACCGAAUGGUCCCAAUCUCUAAGCAGCCCAAAGAAAAGAUCCAGGCUAUCAUUGACUCAUGCAGGCGACAAUUCCCUGAGUAUCAAGAGCGUGCCAGAAAACGCAUACGUACUUACCUCAAGUCCUGCAGGCGGAUGAAAAGAAGUGGUUUUGAGAUGUCGCGACCUAUUCCCUCACACCUCACUUCAGCAGUAGCAGAGAGUAUCCUGGCUUCAGCCUGUGAGAGUGAAAGCAGAAAUGCUGCAAAAAGGAUGCGACUGGAUAGACAGCAGGAUGAGACUGCUCCAGCUGACAAACAAUAUAAACAAGAGCCAGCCCAGGUCACUUACUCAACAUCGGCUGUUUCCAGCACGCAGGAGGUGUUGUACAUCAACGGAAAUGGGACCUACAGUUACCAUAGUUACAGAGGGUUAGGAAGUGGGCUGCUAAAUCUCAAUGAUGCUUCUAACAGUGGUCCAACAGAUCUCAGUAUGAAGAGGCAGUUGGCAACCAGCUCUGGAUCCUCCAGUAGUACAAGCUCGAGACCCCAGCUGAGUCCAACUGAAAUAAAUGCAGUGCGUCAACUUGUGGCAGGGUAUCGAGAAUCAGCAGCAUUUUUAUUGCGUUCUGCAGAUGAACUGGAAAACCUUAUUUUGCAGCAGAACUGAGUCAUGUGACAUUCACACUGGUCUGGUCUUAGCUUGGAGUUUCCACUAAUGACAUUUUGAUUUCCCAGAGCAGACACUUCAGUUACUGCACAGUCUUUUAGGAGAGUUAAUUACCAUAAUGCCACACUGUUCUUGAUCCAUAAAGUGAUGUGUUAAGGUUCUUCAAGUGAACUUCGACCUCUGAUAUUUCUGAGGUACUUUAAUGUGUCCAGCAUACUGCUUUUUGUUUUAGUGUGUCAGCAUAAAUAUUGAAAAAGUGGCUAUAGAUUGUUAACUCAUUCUAACAAGUGGAGGAAACAGAAGAUGCUGUGAUGGCAAAUAUUGGUUCAAGAUCCACGUGCAAUAUUAGUGGAAUGUGCUACUGACUCAUUGGACUUAAAGCUGCAGUAUAUGGCAAAACAUUGCCAAAUGUCCUGUUACUAUAGGACAGAAUCGCAAUUAAAAGGAUCUUGUAUUUUAAAAAAAAUGUAAUUUUUAUAAAAAACAAAACAAAAACUUUUGUUUUCAUUCAGAAUUUUUCAUUUUUACUUUGGUAAACUUUUUCACUGGUCCUACAAAUGUUUUGAGGAGCUAUUGUAAGUCCCCCUUUUCCUCUCUGGAACCCCUGACUGUGCCCUUGUCUCCAACUUCAUAUUCUUUCUACAAGAAGUAACUCAAUGCUGGAUAACCCUUCCCCUGUGUACUGUAAAUUCUCAUCUUUGGAAUGCCUUCCAAAAGAAGCAUGCAUUUCAUGCAUUCAUGCCAUUCUCAACUCCAUCCUGUAAUAUAUUGCAGCUUUAUUAGGAAAUUAAUAAAGGGUUAAGGGUUUUUUUAAAAGACAUAUCACUGAAAAAAAAAUUGAUUUCUUACAGCUAGCUCAUUUAACUCCACAAUUGCUGCUGAUGUCUUGUAUAAGUCCCUCUAGUAGUGAUUGGAUGCAGAUGAUUGAAUGUGAAGAGGUUGCAAGUGACAAUCUGAAAAUUUGCACUCCUGUGUGUAUUUAUUUUUUUCCUUAUUUAAAGAAAAUACAUACAGAAAAAGGCCAUUGACAAUUCUGUUAUGAUUUGUAUAAUUCCCACGCCUAACUACGGUAAAAACUGUAAAUGGAUGCAGCUGCAACUUUAAUUAAACUCUUUCCCCCUUCUCCAUUCCCCCAUCCCCCCUCUAUUUCUUAUUUUAUAAUGUUGAUUACACAUUAAUGGUGUUUUCUUUGUGCACUAAGGCAAGCUUAUUUUUAAGUAUAUAGAGAAAAGUACUUUAGUUCUUGCUUACUGUACUGUCUGUUCUGUUGUUUAGCUUUUGUUGAAUAACAAGUUCCUUGUGCAUUCCUAAAUUUGCCUUAUUUCAUGUAAUUCAGUUUUUGACAAUGAGUUUAAGGCAUCGGUGAUAUUUUAUAUCUACUUGUUACAUAUAGUUUUCCAAGUAAUGACUGUGAUUGUGACUGAGUAAUGUGCACUUUUUCUUGUAACUGUGGACAUUGCUAUGCUUUUUUUUCUCUAGUGUUUCUAGAAUUACUGUUGCUUACAGUUAUGUAAAAGAAAAAGAACUUUUGUGAUACUGUUGGUGAAUAUUAAUGUGAAAAAGCCUAUGAAAUAUGAGUAUUUUGCAGGUACAUAGAUACACAAACAUCUCUACGCUGUGGACUAUUGUUCACAAAUUUAAAUGAAAAUUCAAAAACUGAGGGCUGGAAUCAUUUCCUCUGUUUUGUUUGGGUAAAUAAACAGAUUUCUGUGUUUAAAUACA